AUGUCCCCAGACAAAGACCAAGAAAUCCAAUAUACCUACCUCGACUCCCACGCCAACUGGCCUACAUACCAACACUACCGCCCCUCCUACCCGGCAGCCACGGAAAACCUCAUCCUGACCUACCACCGCUCGCAUUCCAACAGCCUCCGCCUAGCCCACGACGUCGGCGCCGGCGCCGGCGCCGCAAUCUUCGCGCCCCGUCUCGCGGAAUACUUCCAGCACGUGCACAUCUCCGACCCUUCCCCCACGACCCUCUCGCGUGCGCGGGAGAAAGUGGGGGAAUUUUACCGCGAGAAUUGGUGGAAGGGGACGUUCUCGCUGAGUCUGGGGACGGCGGAGGCGUGCCAGGAGGCCUUUGCGAGGCAGUCCGUGGAUCUGGUGAGUCUGAUGAUGAUGGCGCAUUGGCCGGAGGAUACGGGGAGGAUGAUGGAUGCGGUGGCGGAGUCUCUGGCGCCGAAUGGCACGCUGGUGGUUGUGAGUUAUGCGCCUUGUUGUUCCGUGGUGGGUGAUGCGGGGGUGAAUACUGCGUUGGAGGGAUUGUGGGAGGCAUGGGGUUCGAAUUUUGCUAGAGAUGCGGAUAGGAGGAUUGAGAGGAAUAAUUCCCCGUUGGAUUUUAUUGGGUUGCGGGAAGAGGAAGGGGAUGGGGUUUGGUUGCAAGAUGUUACGAAGAGGAUCAAGAUCAAUUUUCGGGAUCGAGGGGAUGCUGCGUUUGUGAUUCCGGGUUCGGGAGGGAGAGUGGCGGAAUCCAAGGUUGGGGAGAAGCAGAGAAAGUAUUUGUUCUCUGAUGAGGAUGAGGAAGGGGCUGGGUGGAGGAAAGAGGUGGAUGCCGCGUGGUUCAGGGGAUACAUUGGGAGUCUGGAAAAGGAGGAGAAUUUGGGAUCGUAUGAGGAACAUCUCCGAGAGCUUGAGAGGGUGAUCCGAGAGAUGACGAAGGAUGGAACAGUGGUGGUGGAGUGGGCGGUUUCCAUUUUGCUGGCUACGAAGAAGUGA